AUGAGCAUUUCUGGAGAACAGGAUCAGGGUUUGAAGGCCUCAGCGGUAAUAAAGAAGACAAAAUAGACAAUAUUUAUUUGGAUCUUAUACCUCCUGGUACAUCGACCGUUUCAAAUAAUUUACAAUACAAUCUCCUCUGUUAUUACAUAAUUGAAGACAACAAGUUCACCUUCCCUCUACCCAAACUUCCCUUGAGUACCCCCCCGGAUUCCACACUUCAGCACUUGAAUUGACAGUAGUCAACAAGAAGUGUAAAUACGCAAUGCAUAUCAUAAAAUGUUUUCUUAAACUUACAGAUCCGACAAUGAAACCCAGAAUCUACCCGAAAGGUGUCAUUGUUUCCUGAGACACAUUAGGGGAGAAAGGGAGAAAGCCUGUUUGAAGAAAUCCGUAAAAGAAUAUUUAACUCAAUGCUUCAAAUUAAAUCAGCUCUUAAACCGCGUUCAAGCUUGUAUUUUGUAUUUAUUUUGCCACACAGAAAAAUUACAUGAUUAGAAUUACAAAAAAGAUAGAAAAACGUAUAAAGUAAAGGAAACUACAAAGCUGAUAAUGUUAACUAGGCCCCCUCAAUUACAAUUUUUCAAAGAUGAACUAAAAAUUACGGCUACAGAUACACUUAUGUUCAAAGGAAAUUAAAGUAACAAUAUAUUAAGAAAGUUUACAAAAGAUGAAUAUCAAACAGUUUUUUAACACCAAUUUCGGCAUAAUUUUAAUCAUGUUGUCCACUUCCUUCCACUUAAAAGAUUUUAAUCUUAUUCUUUAAAAGCCAAAACGGAGGCAAGUUUGAAAAUAAGGCAUUUUACGUCAGCUUUUUUCGCCUUUCACAUUUUGAGAAAAAAAUGUUUCCUCGUUAGCGUAGAUUAAAAACCAAGGAAAACAAGCCAUGCUUAGUAAAUGAGGAUUUACAACUUAUCGACAUCGAUCGAGUUAACGACAAUUUAGAACAACAGAAGUUAUUUCGUUUAAAUCAUAAUAAGAGAUCCCGUCUUUUUUUUCCUACAACGUUCAUCAAGUAGUUUCUUGAUUUAUUUUUUCCAAAGGUUCCAAGUCUCACCAGUGCGUCAAACAUUGCGUCAAACAUGGCCCUUUCAAAAGAAUACACCAAAGAACAGCUGAACUACUUCAGAAUUUGCUAUGUAACCACUGAUAUACUAGCCGAAGGCCUCAGAGAACUUUUUAAACGUGAAUGGAACAAUAAAUACAAAUCAACACCAUUGGGAGAAUGGAAAGAUGUGCCCCAGAAUGGAACAGACUUUUACAACGGCGAAUCUCUAAGAAAUCAAAGAAGAAAUGCUCGUCUUUUGGCCACCAUGAUAAAUGGAAACAGAGCGGGAUGGGAUUGCACAAUGCUGUUUUACGCCAUCCUUUACUCUGAUUGUGUCGGGCCCUACCUAACAUCAACUGUCAGAAAGAACGUGGAUGAUCUUAGAAAUUUUAGAAACGAGGAAUUCGCCCACGUAUCACAGGGAAGUCUCCCUGAGAUGGAUUUUCAGAAUGCCAUUGGAAAAGUUCAUGUUGCCUUUCACGCGCUUGGUCUCUCAACUGUAAAAAUCGAUGACAUAAAAAAUCAGAAAACUUUCCCAACCGACGAAUUACAUAAAAUUCUGAAAGAGGUUGACGAUGUUAAACAAGAACUUCAAGAAAAGGAAACCCAGCGCCAGGUUCUUGAAGAUCAGCUUCAGAAAGAAGCGCCGUCAUUCUGUAUUCUCCCUCCUAAACCUACACACGAAAUUGAAAGCCGUGAAAGGGAGGUAACGCAAAUAGCCCAUCAGCUAAGAGAACUAAAGAAGGCCAACGAGAAUAGGUUGAGUUAUCUGUACAUCUCAGGGAAUCCAGGAAGUGGCAAAUCACAACUAGCUGGCCUCGUAGCUGAAAGAUUUUUUGAUGAAGUAAAAGAAAUACCAGGCACUUCGUCCUUUGUGAUGACCCUAAACGCUGCCAGUCAAGAUUCACUUUUGGAGUCAUAUGCCAAUUUUGCUCGUCAGUUAAAGUGCCCAGACUUUUCAGUGAUGCAAACCUUGAGCUCUAAGGAUUGGAACAUUGAGGAGAAGAUUGCCAAUCUCAAGAUGCUUAUUGCUGCAAAAAUUGGGUGUUACACGUCGUGGCUAAUGGUGGUGGACAAUGUGACUAAACUGACUUUUCUUCAUGAUCACCUACCACAGUCUGGAACCGAGACGUGGGCAAGAGGUCAGUUGUUAAUUACAACCCAGGAUACAAAGUCCAUCCCAUUAAAAAGCUCUUUCAUCAAUCACAUUUCAGUAAGCCAAGGAAUGAAUCCUUACGAUGCCACUUCCUUAUUGGCCAAGCUUUCUGGGGUCUUCGACAACGAGCUAGCGGAAAACGUUGCUCAGAAACUGGACUAUCAGCCACUUGCUUUAGCAGGCGCGGCUGUGUUUGUCAAAGACAUUCGACAGGACAAAGCAUCGAAGCACUUUGGCUGGGACGAAUACCUAAAGAUUUUAGAAACAGGAAAACGAGAAACGACCGAGGAUACCCUUGCUGAUACCAACCCAAUUUAUCCAAACACGAUGACUACAACAAUAAAGCUUGCUGUUAAAACACAAGUCAAAUCCGACAAGUUUUUUGAACACCUAUUCAAAUUUCUUUCCCUGUGCGCACCACAACCAUUAAACGUUGACAUAGCGGUCAGUUAUCUUAUAAACGUUCUCGAACACGUUGACAAAGGGGACAAAGAACAAAUUCGUAGGAGAUUCAGAAGAUGUUCACUGCUUCUUUUAGAGGAAGAGGAAGAUGGUUGCUACUACAUUCGUGUACACCAAGUUGUGCACGACGCAAUGAAAUGGGUGAUGAGUGAAUAUCAAGAGAAUCAAUCGUUCAAGGUUGUAAGUGAAGCUGUUACAUCAUUGAACAAAUUUAUAGUCACAAUUCCACCCAAAAAUAGAGCAAUGGACACCAUACACAUCAUUCCGCACGUAAGUGCCCUUAUUGUACCAAUUGAUACUGUUAUUAUGGCAGAAAAUAUGUCUCAAGUCCUUGUUCAGGACAUUUCUGAAAAGUUGUCGAAUCUUGGCGGCAUAUGUAAAAUGCAUUGUGAAUUUAACGUGGCAAAGACAUACUUCGAAAACUCUCUCGCUGUUCGCAUCAGGCUGUUGGGUGACCAAAAUGUCGAUGUUGCAUCAGGGUACAAUGACUUAGCUUCAAUUCACCAAGAAUUAGGUGACUUUGAACACGCAAAGGAGUAUCAGCAACGUGCUUUAGCCAUCCAACUCAAGAAGUUUGGUGCUAAACAUGUUUCUCUUGCAACAAGCUACGGUAACCUAGCUUUAGUUUACAAAGCCUUAGGUGACCUUGAGAAGGCAAAGGAGUAUCAGCAGCGUGCUUUCGCCAUCGAACUCAAAAAUCUUGGUGCUGAACAUGUUUCUGUUGCAAUAAGCUACGGUAACCUAGCUUCAAUUUACCAGGACUUGGGUGACCUUGAAAAAGCAAAGGAGUAUCAGCAACGUGCUUUAGCCAUCAAACUAAAGAAGCUUGGUGCUGAACAUGUUUCUGUUGCAACAAGCUACGGUAACCUAGCUUUAGUUUACAGGGACUUAGGUGACCUUGAACAAGCAAAGGAGUAUCAGAAACGUGCUUUAGCCAUCAAACUCAAGAAGCUUGGUGCUGAACAUGUUUCUGUUGCAACAAGCUACGGUAACCUAGCUUUAGUUUACAGGGACCUAGGUGACCUUGAACAAGCAAAGGAGUAUCGGGAACGUGCUUUGGCCAUCCAACUCAAGACGCUUGGUGCUGAACAUGUUUCUGUUGCAAUAAGUUACAGUAAUCUGGCUUUAAUUCAUCAGGACUUAGGUGACCUUGAGCAAGCAAAGGAAUAUCAGCAACGUGCUUUAGACAUCGAACUCAAGAAGCUUGGUGCUGAACAUGUUUCUGUUGCAACAAGCUACGGUAACCUAGCUUUAGUUUACAAAGCCUUAGGCGACCUUAAAAACGCAAAGGAGUAUCAGCAACGUGCUUUAGACAUCAAACUUAAGAAGCUUGGAGCUGAACAUGUUUCUGUUGCAACAAGCUACGGUAACCUAGCUUUAGUUUACAGCGCCUUGGGUGACCUUGAACAAGCAAAGGCGUAUCAGCAACGUGCUUUAGACAUCGAACUCAAGAAUCUUGGUGCUGAACAUGUUUCUGUUGCAACAAGCUACGGUAACCUAGCUUUAGUUUACAAAGCCUUAGGUGACCUUGAGAAGGCAGAGGAGUAUCAGCAACGUGCUUUAACCAUCAAACUCAAGAAACUUGGGGCUGAACAUGUUUCUGUUGCAACAAGCUACGGUAACCUAGCUUCAAUUCACCAGGACUUAGGUGACCUUAAAAAAGCAAAGGAGUAUCAGCAACGUGCUUUAGCCAUCAAACUAAAGAAGCUUGGUGCUGAACAUGUUUCUGUUGCAAUAAGCUACGGCAACCUAGCGUCAAUUCUCCAAGACUUAGGUGACCUUGAACAAGCAAGGGAGUAUCAGCAACGUGCUUCAGCCAUCCAACUCAAGAAGCUUUUCUAA